AUGUCUUCAUCAAAGCCUAAUGACAACAACAUAGAGAUUAUACUUCAUACAAUUGCUAUUCCAGAUACAACAUUUUUGGAUGAUGUUUUAUCUGUUGAAACAGAUUUAAUAAAAAAUGAAGAAAUUAAUGAAGAAACUGAUGAUGAAGAAAUAGAAAAAGAUGACAAUAAUAAUCAUAAGAAGAGAGAGAUUAAAUUAGAUGUAUUGAAGAGAGGAAAAAAUUUUGCUGAUAAAGAUAUGAUGAUAAAUUUAAUCAACCAGCUUAAUUCAAAAGAAGACAAAAAAAUAGAGAAAAAAUUGAAAAUAACUAAGGAAAAGAGCAAAGAAAAGGAUAUAAAAAAACAGCAAAAACAAUCACUAAAGAAGAAAAAAUUUGAACAAAUGAAAUCAAUGCUAAAAAAUAAAAAAAUAAAAAAAUAA